AUGGUUAUUCCUCAUCAGAGUAAAUCCAAGUUGGGUGUCAGGAAGCGGGAGUCACAUGUCACAAAGUUACGAAAGAUUUGUCGUGAGGCAGGCAUCUUCAUUCGUAGUAAUCGAGAACUUGAGGGUUGUAAGACUGAUGCCCACAUUGUUCGGCGGAUAAAACAGAUCCUUGAGAAACAUGGAAUGAAAGGAAGACCAAACAUGAAAAAGGCCAAAAAGAUUCGCCUGAAGAAGGAGGCAGCAGAACUCGACACAGAUAAUAUCAUCAGAUCAGAGUCCCGGCCAAAAAGGAGAGUAAACAGUCUAUUUUCACGAAACUCGCCCUCACGAAUGAAAGAUUUCACUCCACCAAGAGUUAAGUUUGGUCAUCUGAAAGACAUUAUUGAGAGUGAAGAAUCAGAUUAA